GGAACAAUAUGACUGAGAAAGAUGAAAAAGAGACUGUACAAGAAAAUAUGUGCUCAAGAAAAUGAACGUGGUAGCAAAAGACCAAAGUAAACCUAGACUUACACCAUAUGAUCUAUUUUUAAGAAUUUCUAAAAAGCCAGAAUUUGCCCAGAUAUUGCCACAUCGGAUAAAUAAUCUUUCAUCAGUUAUAAGGCUAAAUUCGGAAACAAGAAGGACUUUGCGUUUCAUGCAGUUUUGUAAGCUAUGGAUAGGUGUGUGCACACUUUUGUUUUUACUGUGUUUUAUUUGCGGAUUACACACAGUUGAAGGGUUUACCAAAUUCUGGUUUCUCUGGAGUACUAACACUGACAAUGAAGAUCUUGCAAAUAAACUCUGUACUUUAGAAAUUCCUUCUACCCUUCGCAAUGUCUUUAUGCCACCAGUUGAUUGUAACAUGUGCCAUAAUUUGAAAAAAAUUGAGAGAAAAAAGAACCUUUCACCAGAACAGUUUGAGAAAAAGUAUGCAUACAGUGGUAUCCCUGUUGUUGUAUCAGAUGCCAUGGUGAACUGGACAGCAAGAGAAGUAUUUAGUUUCUCAUUUCUACAAAAAAUUUAUGGUUUAAAUAGUUCUACUCAUGUGGAUGACGAUGUGGAUUGCCAGUUCUUCUCGUAUGGGACAGAGUUUGAAACUUUGGAAGAAGUUUUCAAUAUGAGCUCAGAAAGAGUUCUAAUGACUGAAGGAUAUAAACCUUGGUAUAUUGGUUGGAGCAACUGUAAUCCACUUGUUGCCAACAUUUUAAGAAAGCACUACGAACAACCAUAUUUUCUCCCCCAUACAUCUGAGAGUAGUAAGUUAGACUGGAUAUUUAUAGGAGUUCCUGGAUAUGGAGCUGACAUGCAUAUUGACCAUGUGGAAUACCCAUCCUGGCAAGCACAAAUUAGAGGUCAAAAGUUGUGGACAAUAGAACCUGUGCCAGAAUGUUACAGCAAGUGUAGCACGCUUCAAGUUACAGUCAAACCAGGAGAAAUUUUGGUUUUAGAUACCAACAGAUGGUACCACAAGACAGUGGUUGUGGGGAAAGAGAUUAGCAUCACUAUUGGAUCAGAAUAUGAUUGAUACUUUUGACCUGUCGUGUUGUGCCUUAUAACGUAGAAUGAUAAUUAUCUUUCACUCCAAUUAUAGAAAUUCAUUAGAGUGUGCUAGUUUACAUAUGCAAAUAUAUAUUAGGGUAAAGAAAUAUUACAGUGUGCAAGUUUACACAUGCAAAUAUAUAUUGGAGAAAAGAAGUAUUACAGUAUACUAGUUUACAUGUGCAAAUAUAUAUAUUAGGGUAAAGAAAUAUUACAGUGUGCUAGUUUACACAUGCAGGUACAUCUUGGAGUAAAGAAAUAUUACAGUGUGCUAGUUUACACAUGCAGGUACAUCUUGGAGUAAAGAAAUAUUACAGUAUACUAGUUUACAUGUGUAGGUACAUCUUGGAGUAAAGAAAUAUUACAGUAUACUAGUUUACAUGUGUAAAUACACGUU